AUAGGUUCUCCAGAAAUGCUAAUUCAUAUACUCCAUCCCACUCCUUCUUCGCCCAGUUCGCUGUGUGCUGGGUUGGUUUUUGCUUCUCAGGGCUUCUCCGAACACUUUUUGAUUUCCCGCUUUUUUCUUUUUUCCUCUUUGUAAUUGAAAGAUUUCGUUGUGUUCCCCUUUUCAUGAAUAUCAAAUUUCAGUGCUCACUGAAUGGAAAUAAGCGAAGAAGAAUACAAACUAGCAAAAGAGGCACAUGUAGCCAACUGCACCGGUGGGAGCAUAUUAGAAAUUAACAUGCUUUGUGGCUGCUUCGUGAGUUCGCAUAUGCUUUGGAUCUCUCUAUUACAAUCGAACAAGAUAAAGCCAAACAUGUUUACAGUACAGUUUUUGAUUUAUGCUCUGCCCAUAUUAUUGUGUAUGACUAUAGCAUCAAAUUACGUGUCCUAUAUUACAAUUGGAAUCGCUACACUAGCUAUCAUUAUCAAGGCUUUGUCCACAUCAACACCGGCGGAGGAGGCAAAAGAAAAGAAAAAAAGCGUGACUCCUGUUAACCAGCAUAAGCCUUAUUUAACGGUUUAUCGCGGUGCUUUGAUGAUUAUGACAUGCAUUGCUAUAUUGGCUGUUGAUUUUCAAUUUUUUCCACGACGAUUUGCCAAAGUCGAAACGUUCGGGACAUCAUUGAUGGACAUAGGUGUCGGCUCGUUUGUCUUCUCUUCGGGCGUCGUAGCCUCAAAAGCCUAUGUCAACCGACACAAUUCAUUUUACAAAAGUUUUUUGAAUUCGUUCCGAUCGGCUCUGCCUAUUUUAGCGCUCGGUUUUGCACGAUUGUUUUUAACGAAAAGCGUGAAUUAUCAAGAACACACCUCAGAAUAUGGACUACACUGGAAUUUUUUCUUCACGUUGGGAUUUUUACCACCGUUUGUCACUGUACUUGGGUUCCUUAGGAAAUUUGCACCCUUCUCAGUGUUGGGAGUUCUGAUUGCUACUUUAUAUCAGUGGGCAUUGACUUUCUUCAGAUUGCAAGAUUGGAUAUUGAACGCGGCGCGAACAGAUUUGUUGAGUGCCAACAAAGAAGGCAUUUGCAGCUUUUUGGGCUAUCUCUCCAUCUUUUUAUUUGGGUUACAAUGUGGUGUAAUCCUAUUCCAAGAAAACAUCUCAGUAUCCGGGUUGUCUAAAGUUCUUUACGUGCAGAAGAAGGGUGAUCUGCACCAAAAGUUAACUCACUUAACCGUAUACAGUUUGCUUAUGUGGUUAAGCUUCUUUUCAUAUGUGUUCCUCAUGCCUAAUGAUUACGUAUCAAGAAGAAUGGCAAACCUACCCUAUAUCUUUUGGGUUAUCGCCUUCAAUUUGACACUGUUAAGCUGUAUUAUUGUGGUAGAAUUAAAAAUGAACGCUAGUACUCUGAAGCCACCCUUUUUGGAUGCUAUUAACAUGAACGGGCUAUUUACUUUCCUGCUGGCUAACGUGCUAACUGGUGCCAUCAACUUGAGUAUCAGAACACUCUAUAUGGACGACUUUUCAGCUUUGCUUAUUAAUGUGUGUUACUUGAUCGUUAUCACUCUUGUGCCUUGGGUUCUAUGGAGGCGAUACAACAUCAGGGUGAAGAUCUGACUGAGUUUAUAAAGAAUGAACAAUAGCG